AUGAAGUUCCAAAGCACCUCUACAGCCGCAGCCUUGCUGCUAGGCCAAGCUUUUGCCCUACCUCUGCCGUCUUCAAACAUAUUUCGCCGAGAGGUUCCCCAGGAGCAUUCCCAUGAUGUUUUCCUCUCCAUUGCCAACGAAGCUCUAGCAAAGAGCAACCCCAAGGGCAUCACAGAUGCCGUAUUUGGACUUCUUGGUAAUGCCGCAGCUGCAGCUGGCGCUGGAAGUGUAACCAAUCUUGACUGUCUCAAACAAGAGACAGCUGAUCAGGCUUUCACCAAUGGCAAAGCUGCUGGAGAUCUUCGACUGAUGGCUGGAGCAUUGGUGUACCAGGCCUUGGAGAGGAACACUGGUAAAGUCGGAUUAGCAAGUGUGACUUGUACCGAACAAGCUGUGAACCCCGAAAUUCAAGCUGUAAAGCCUCACCAAGACCCAGCAUCUGCCAAUGCUGCUUCCAUAAACAAGGGUAUCACGCUUGAGCUCGCGAAGCAGCUCAAGGCUAUCGGCGCAGAUCCCAAUCUCGCCCUUCUGAGCGGUACCUUUGCUCCAGGAGAUCUCAAUGAUGCAACAGCCAAAGGCCUUACUUGUGACGACCCUGAUCCUACUCUUGGAUGCAUCUACUCAACAGGCACGCUUGUUCUCGAUGCGAGCCAGGAUGAAGUCGCUUCCGCGGUCGCGGCUGUAUCUCAAACGUUUACUGGCACUGGUGGCAUUCAAGCUACGGAUUUGGUUGACUUGAGUAAAUUCUCGACAGCUAAUGUUCAAGGUAACGGCGCUGCUCCUACGCCGAGUGCCAAUGUCGCGACGACCUCUCAGGCAGCCGCGGCAGCAACUCCCACCAAAGCUUCCCAAGCUGGUAACGCAGCUGCUUCUCAAACCGGAGCCUCUAGCAGUAGCGAGACUUCAUCUUCAACAGCUAGUGGAAACAACGUCCAGACCUUUACCGGCACCCUUGGCGGUCCUCCUCCGCCUGUCGUUUCAGGCACGGGAAACCGACCGUUUUCUGUCAAUGGAGAUACUUUUGUCACUGUCGGAGCCGCUCUGCAACGAUCCUGCAGUAUCCAGCACAACGCUUGUGCCAAUGACGCCAACUCUGGCAAGCUCUCCGGGGGAGUAGGUCAAUGUGAUACACAGAACAGCCAAUGCACAGCGGCCCCCGCAUCUGGUGCUACCAGCAGCAGCAGCAACAACAACAACAACAGCAGCAGCAGCAGCAGCGGUAACAACAGCGCUGCAAACAACACGGCCACUGAUAGCAGCGCUGCUAGCGGUAACGGUGCGAAUGGAAAUGCAGCCGGCGCUACUGGAAGUUUUGGCUCAUGCUCCAACCCCAGCAUCAAGUUCGCUAACGGCCUUGAUGGUCGCACUGAGCCUGCAUUUGCCCCAGUUGAUGAAGCAGAUUUCAAUCAUGGCUCAGCUUUGAAUAUCAAGGUCAUUGCAGAUUUCAUUUGCGAUCGACUCAACUCUAGCUGCAAAGCCGGCGCUGCAGUAGUGUCAAAGUGUCAGAGUGCUUCUGCAGCGGCCUCCCAGCUGCAGGGCCAGGCUGCAGCAGAUGCUUUUAAUAAAGCGUUAGGGGUCUCUGCAAACUAA